AUGAGAGUAGGCCACGUGGGCUAUGCAGAAUCUAUGAAUGUGCCAUUGUUCAGAAGAAGAAUCAUCCGAGGAUCUUUUUCAUGGGCUCUCUUCUUGUGUUUACUAACACUCACUCUCUGCGUCGCGGUCGGAGCCUCGACAACGACUACAACCACCUCGACAACGACUACAGCCAUCAAUAGUCCUGACGGGGAUAUCAUAGAUUGCACAGAAAUAUUAGCUCAGCCGGCCUUCAGGCAUCCUCUCCUCAAGGAUCACAAGCUCCAGGAAGUACCAAGAAAUCUUCCUAACACAGCCAAAAAUGAAGAUGGAGUUAGCGGCUGGCAGAUUUGGAACAGUCGUAACGGGUCGAAAUGUCCCGAGGGGACGAUUCCGAUACGGAGAGUGGUUUCUCAAGACAAUGGGGAUACCAAUGAGGGAACGAUUCCGAUACGGAGAGUGGGUUCUCAAGAGAACGAGGCUACCAAUUCUGGGGCUGAAGAUGAACUCACGCGCGGACAUGAGUAUGCUAUCGCACAUUUGAACAGCACUACAAAGAUUUAUGGAACAAAAGUCACAAUGAGUGUGGGGCACCCCAAAGUUGCUCAACCCGGCGAGUUCAGCCUAGGCCAACUUUGGCUCACCUCGGGUUCAGUUGAAAGAGGUGACAUGAACACCAUCGAGGCAGGAUGGCAGAUUUAUCCUUCGGUAUAUUUGGACGACCAGCCUAGACUCUUUAUUUUCUGGACGAAUGAUGCAUACACGAUUGAAAAAUGCGAGAAUCUUCGACGCCCUGGUUUUAUACAAACUAGUGGCAAUGUCCUCGUCGAAGGCGCUAUCCAUCCCCACACCGAAGUUAUUACAAUCCAGAUUUGGAAGGAUCCAAACCUUGGACACUGGUGGUUGUCUGUCGGCCCAAACAGUGGCACUGUACUUAUUCCAGUUGGUUAUUGGCCAAGGGAGAUCUUUACUUGUCUCACUGACCAUGCAGAGAGUGUGCAGUGGGGCGGUGAAAUAAUAGACAAAUACGUCUCCGGUCAGCACACGACAACCCAGAUGGGAUCCGGGUAUCUUCCGAGCAGUGCCAAAGCUGCGUAUAUGCGCGAUUUGGAAAUUAUGGUUAACACCGGCAAUUUCCAGCCGGCCUACGAUCUCGUUGUAGGAGAGACGAACCCCGACUACUACAACAUCAAGAAGACGAGCGACACGAGUUUUUCUUAUGGGGGACCUGAAUCAGGAGCGUGCAAGUCGUGA